AUGGUCUGCACAGCUGCCCCGCACGGUGUGGCGCUCCUGCUCGGCCUCGCCAGCUGCGCUCUGCUCCUCGGCCCGGCGAGGUGCGAGGACGGAGCCGAGGAGGACGAGCACUCGAAACAUCUGUACACGGCCGAGAUGUUCGGCAACGCCGUCGAGAUCGCCCCGCACUUCGUCAUGUUCUUCGCCCCCUGUCUGAAGCUUUUCAGACCGGGUCAGGAGGCUGUGAAGUACCAGGGACCCCGAGACAUGAAGGCACUGGAGGACUGGAUGUUGCAGACUCUGGAAGAGGAGCCUGCUGUAAGUGGCCCGGGCACGACGAGAGGCAUGGUCUGCACAGCUGCCCCGCACGGUGUGGCGCUCCUGCUCGGCCUCGCCAGCUGCGCUCUGCUCCUCGGCCCGGCGAGGUGCGAGGACGGAGCCGAGGAGGACGAGCACUCGAAACAUCUGUACACGGCCGAGAUGUUCGGCAACGCCGUCGAGAUCGCCCCGCACUUCGUCAUGUUCUUCGCCCCCUGGGUUUCCAGGCAGGUCGCUGUUGCCCUUCUCUCCUCCUUAGGGUAUCACUUCGUGAAGUUCUUCGCUCCCUGGUGCGGUCACUGCAAGGCGCUGGCGCCCACCUGGGAGCAGCUGGCCUCCGUGUUCGAGCACUCGGACAGCGUCAAGAUCGCCAAGGUGGACUGCACCCAGCACUAUGAGAUUUGCUCUCAAAAUCAAGUGCGUGGAUAUCCCACUCUGCUCUGGUUUAAAGACGGAGAGAAGGCAGAUCAGUACAGAGGGAAGAGGGAUCUCGACUCCUUGAAGGAAUUUGUGGACAGUCAACUCAAAGCUGCUGCAGAAGCUCCGGAAGACUUGCAGCCGAACGAGCCUGUGCAGCAGGCUGAGGAGCCAGCUGAGGAGGAGUCGAGUGUAUUGACCCUCACGGAAAGUAAUUUUGAUGACACAGUCUCUAAAGGUCUUACGUUUGUCAAGUUUUAUGCCCCAUGGUGUGGUCACUGUAAGAAUCUUGCUCCGACUUGGGAAGAUCUAUCGAAGAAAGAGUUUCCUGGGCUAACAGAUGUGAAGAUAGCCAAAGUAGACUGCACUGUGGAGCGCACACUCUGCAAUCGAUUCUCUGUGCGGGGCUACCCGACGCUGCUGAUGUUCCGGGCGGGGCAGCAGGCGGGGGAGCACAGCGGGGGCCGGGACCUGGAGAGCCUGCACGGCUUCGUGAUGCGCCAGGCCAGAGACGAGCUCUAACGCCGCCGCCGCCAGCCCGCCCGCCAGCCACCGUCACGCGCGGGUCGUCCCAUCGCGCUCGGAGCGGCUGUUUCCGAGGCAGACGCUGCUGUGCGUUUUAUUUUUUUCCUUACGGUAUUCUGUGACACAACGGAGUUGUGCUAAGGCGGGAUUACAAGUCAUCAGGUGGACUUCCGACGGGGGGGAGAAACGGGAGUCAGCUUCUUCAGUGGGCUGGGGAAGUGGGAACGAGCCUUGUCUGAUUCGUCUCUCUUUAAUAGCCAGGGCCUGGGUUUUUCAUAUGAAAGGGCCAAAGCUGAAUGAACACUGUUUCACAAAAGGUACUUUUGCUGGUAAAGGAGACUCAGAAUAGCUUUACCCAGUCUGCUUCUUCCCAGCUCCCAGUCUGCUUGGGGUUGACCCUGUGCCCUCCCUGUCUUUCAGCUGUGAAAUAAAAACCUCCAAACUGACAGAAUGGAUUGCACAAAGAACAUCGAAAUGUUUGCUUUUUACCCUUUCAAACCCCAAAUCCAGUUCUCCUUUUCUAUACCCGUUUCAUAUAACAAAUUGUACUUAUACUGUAUAAUGGAGGGAAAUCACUUUUAGAAAUCAGUACUUCUGUAUUGAUUGUUUGCUCCACUACCUGGCCAGUGUUUGUUUUUACACUGCAGAAUAGACUAAUUUCUAUAUUACUGAUGGCCUAAAUCCUGGUUCUGUUUACUACCUGAGUACUUGAUCAGUUGUUAUUAACAUUUUUAUAUGAUUUUUCUGAAAGUCAUUAACAGUUGAUUGCUCAAAACAAUUUAUGGAACCUUUAUUAAAUGUUUAAUUUACCCAUAAACCACCUUGGAAUCUGGUGAGAGGUGUUACAAUUAUGCUGUUAAUUGAAUAAUUAGACCAGCUUCAACUGCUUGCGCGGAAUUAAAACCAGAAGACAAACUAGGCUGUGCAGGAAGGGAGUUUGAAAUGACCUCCUGGAAACAGCAAUGCCAUAAAAUGAACCUUUCCGGUCUCUUAGGAAUUUGUUUUAAAUACUGUAAUGAAACACUCUCUUGGAUUAUGUGGAACUUGGCACUGUAACCUGAAGCUGUGCAAGGGAACAUGCACAGUGUCUCUGAUGCUGUAAUGUCAUUUGAUUGCACCAUCUGCCUCCUCCUUGACAUCGAUUAUAAAACUUAGUUUUGCAGCUGCUUCGACAGAGGUGUCACAGGGAAGGUUAAAAGCUGCAUAGGGUGGUUUUGCUGAGGUUUUCGGUCCGUGGCUGAUGGCGUCAGUAUUUUUGUAUCCUUGGGAGUAGUUCAUUGGAUUUUUUUUACAUAAAGUUCCAUCUUUUGUAAACCUACAAGCCCUAAUAUUGCCUGCUUUGCCCUUGUGCUUUGAAAAGCCAGAGCAGCUACAAGCUACUGCUGUUUGCUGUGGUGGACGAAUUAUAAAACUGCUGUUGCAAAGUGCUGGGGGUUGUAGUCCCAUGUUUUAAGCUUUUCAUGUCAGUCUGUUUCCGUUGUGUCACUACACCAAGGAACCGGCGCAUAAAAUGUUUACAGUCUUGAAUGAGUAUACUAUUGACUGCUAACAUAUCAGAAUUUUUGUAAAGCUAGUUUGCUGCAUCCAAGUUAAAUAUGAUUGUUAACAGAAGCAGGAAGAUUUAAUGUCAUGAUUGUGUUUGGAACGUUACUCAUGUGCUGUUGUAAUCAUGAGCUGCUUCAUCUGGUCAACUGAGACAUGCAGUAGCAUAUUCUUUUAAAGGACUGAGUAAUGCAGUAUCUUUGCAAGAAAAAAAAUGGUCUUAGUUUUUAUUCCUUCUUAUGAGAAUUAAAGAUCCUCUUGGCAGCCCUGAGAGAACAGAGGAAGCACUUACCCUGAUGAAAAAAACACACUUUCAUCUAGAAAACUUGACUUUAUCUGGGCUGCUCCAGCACUGCACAGGGAGAGCUGUUACGGUCGUUGUAGCGGCAUGCUUUAAUUUAGGAGGAGAACGGAUAUCAAGUAGUCUUUCGCGCUCCGAGAUGCACUCUUAUCCAGGUUUCAGUGGCUCGAUGGGAUGUCUCUUUCCAACUCGGACCCUCCUGAGGCAUGUUGGGAGUUCCCUUACGGGUGGCUAGUGCCAGCUCUAGGGACGCCCUCAUUUUCCUCCCUACUCUUUGCUUCCCCACCCACUCUCCCGAGGCUCACAAUUGACACACAUGGUACUAAACUCACAAGCUGUGGAGCCCAAAUCUUACACCCGUCCUGUAACUAAAUAUCUCAAGUGUUUCUAGCCCUCGGGUUUUGACCACAACAGUACAAGUCCAUUUUAUGUUCUUCUCUUUAUUUGGAGUAGAGGAAUUCUGUGCAGAUGCCACCGUUAUGUGCGAGUCUUUUUCCAUCAGUAAGGAUAAACAGGGAAGCCACUUAAAAUACCAGUAAAAUCGUUACGCAUAGCACAUGGUGUAGACAUUAAAGACUCCAGUGAAGGAAAGCAGUAAUGUUUAUGAGGGUUGUACAAUACUAAAGAACAUUUUUUGUACAAAAAGUCAAAAUGAAAAAGAAAAUUGUUUACAUGACUUUCUGACACUUUUCGUAAUAAACAUUUUUCAAAAACA